AUGGUGAACGUCAACUGGGAGCUGCAGGGCUGCUGCCAGCACAACCAGGUCGUCUUCAUCGCCGCCGUCGGCGUCUCCACCGUCGUCAUCCUCGCCCUGUGGAGGACGUUCCUGCUCACGCCUUUCAAGCUCAUCACCGUCUUCCUCCACGAGACCAGCCACGCCCUCGCCUGCAAGCUCACCUGCGGAGAUGUUGAGGGCAUGCAGGUCCAUGCUAAUGAGGGUGGUGUUACACAAACUCGCGGUGGCAUUUACUGGAUAAUCUUGCCUGCUGGAUAUCUGGGUUCAUCAUUUUGGGGAAUGGUGUUCAUACUUUCAUCUACACAUCUCCUAGCUACAAGAAUUGCGGCUGGUUGCUUCAUACUUGCAUUAAUUAUUGUUCUCUUUGUUGCCAAAAAUUGGUUUCUGCGCUGGCUCUGCAUUGGUUUCAUCAUAUUCAUUGCUGUUGUCUGGGUUAUACAAGAAUUUACAACUUUCCAUGUUCUGAAGUAUGUUAUUCUAUUCAUAGGUGUUAUGAAUAGCUUAUUUUCAGUUUACGAUAUCUAUGAUGACACCAUAUCCCGAAGAGUGAAUUCAAGUGAUGCUGAGAAAUUUGCUGAAAUCUGCCCUUGCCCUUGCAAUGGCGUUGGAUGGGGUGUUAUAUGGACUUGGGCAUGUGCCUGGCACUCUGAUCUCUUUGAUGGACGGGACUGGCCAGUGUCCAUCGCUGUUAUGGGUUCAUUGCCCGGUCUCGAUGUGGAUCCGGGCGAAAUGAUGACUGUGCAUAUGGGCAGAAAGAGGAGCGCUGUCGCCGGCGAGCUCGAUUUUCUUCCACUUUAA